CUCGGAGUACUUCCGGUUGUGUGAGAAAAACUUCCUCUCCUCCUUCUCACGCACAUUAUGUCAGCGUGACAAGCGUGACACUUGCUCAUUGCCGACCAUAGCGAACUACCUGGAGCUGCAUUAGCCUUUAAAACAAUGUUGAUCAUAUCCAACCGGAUAAAGUUAUGUUCUCUGGCGUUCACCGCCGCCCGCAUGUACAGCAGCGGCCCGGCGGCGGCCAACAAGAACCCCACCGUUUACUUUGACCUCUCUGCAGACAACCAGCCGCUCGGCAGAGUCACCUUCGAGCUCAAUGCUGAAGUUGUGCCAAAGACUGCAGAGAACUUCAGAGCGCUGUGCACGGGCGAGCAGGGCUUUGGUUACAAGGGAUCAAUUUUCCACAGGGUGAUCCCUAACUUCAUGUGCCAGGGUGGAGACUUCACUAACCACAACGGAACUGGAGGGAAGUCUAUCUAUGGAUGGAAGUUUCCUGAUGAGAACUUCAAGCUGAAGCACACUGGACCUGGCAUCUUGUCUAUGGCCAACGCUGGAGCCAACACCAACGGAUCCCAGUUCUUCAUCUGCACCAGUAAAACAGAAUGGCUGGAUGGCAAGCAUGUUGUCUUUGGCAGCGUGAAGGAGGGAUUGGACGUGGUCAAGAAAGUGGAGACUUACGGUUCGCAGUCUGGGCGAACCUCCAAGAGGAUCACUGUCACAGACUGCGGAGAGCUAGAGUAGUGGACACGGUCGUAGUCUCAUCUCCUGCUGUAAUUUCAAUGUGAGGAUCCGAGUGAAAGAAGCUCUGUCUUCAGUCACCAUGGCACAGAGAGGGCUACCUCUCUUUGCUGGCAAUAGAUACUGUAUGAGCCACAAUGUGUUCAGUUAACGUUUUUAAACUGGAUUACAUCAUGCCACUACAGAUACUAUUAGUUCAGUUAGCAACUAACUUAACUGGUAUGGUAUAAAAUGUGAACUUGUAUUAUACAACACAAAAUUACGGGUUCUAUUGUAUUUGAAGAGAUAUUAAUACAUGAACAUAUAGUGAAACUGGUGUAGAAAAGAGGCAUUAUUUGAAAAAAUAAAGUCAUUGUUUUUCUAAAUAUGA